GCGCCACUUGCUGCAGAGCUCUCUGCCCAGGCUCGUGUGAGGAUGGCAUCCUGCUUCCAGGCUCUGGCACACUGAGAAGCUGAUCUGCAAGCUGUGUCCCCAGGGCCAGGGGAAGGCAUAAGGAGAGAGAAGUACUGGCUGACAGGCUGUGAUCCCCUUCCUGCUCCAUCACUGUGCAUGUCACCAGGUGAAUGGGAUGCAGGGCUCAGCCUUUCCCAUUUGGAAGAGCAGUUCCAUAGUAACCUGCUAAAAAAAAAAGGGGGUUUGCACUUGACCAACCUGGAAUUACCAGCACCUGGAAUGGCAUCUGUCAGGUUUAUAGAUGAAAUGUAAAUCUUCUUUGGGAUGGGACAGAGUGAAGAAUGCUGGAGAUAGCAACUGGAAUUGGAGUUCUAGAUGGAUGCGGGUCUUAUACAGUGGAAGUGUUUUAGACCGAUAUGCUGAUACUGAAGACUCAAAGACAGUCCUGCAGAUUUGCAAGGGUUAUUGCCUGGGUUUGAUAAAUGCCUUUUUUAAUCAUUCAUGGACUCCGUAUUGUGAUGGAAGAAAAGGCACAACUGUGUAUUUGUUACUCCCAACUUGUGGAUUAGUUUGCUGAUAUCUGUUCUAAAAGGCAAGAGUAGACGUGAUGGAUGUGUCUACAGAAAUGAGCAAGCAUGGGAAGAAUCCGAUAAGUCAUAAGCUAGAGGAUCAGAAGAAGAUUUACACUGACUGGGCAAAUCACUACCUAGCAAAGUCUGGUCACAAGAGGCUGAUAAAGGAUUUACAACAAGACGUAGCUGAUGGUGUCCUGCUGGCAGAGAUCAUUCAGAUCAUUGCAAAUGAAAAAGUGGAGGAUAUCAAUGGCUGUCCAAAGAGCCAGACCCAGAUGACUGAGAAUGUUGAUAUCUGUCUGAGCUUUCUGGCAGCCCGAGGAGUUAAUGUGCAAGGCCUCUCUGCAGAAGAAAUAAGGAAUGGAAAUCUGAAAGCCAUUUUGGGACUGUUUUUCAGUCUGUCGCGUUUCAAACAGCAGCAACAUCAGCAGCAGCAGUAUUACCAGUCACUGGUGGAGCUCCAGCAACAGGUGACACAUACCCCUACACCAGCUGAAGGCAGCCAGCCCAGAACGCAACAAGAUAUGCAGUCUAGUCUGGCAGCCAGAUAUGCAACUCAGUCUAAUCACAGUGGGAUUGCAACAAGUCAAAAAAAGACUACUAGACUUCCAGGACCUUCCAGGGUGCCAGCUGCAGGCAGCAGUACCAAGGUUCAGGGAACAGCUAAUCUAAAUCGAAGAAGUCAGAGCUUUAACAGCAUUGACAAAAACAAACCACCUCAAUAUGCAAACGGGAAUGAAAAAGAAUCACCAAAAGGCCCUCAACAGUCUGCAGGCAUGAAUGGAAAUGUGCAAUAUCCCACUAGCUCUGGUCAGCAAGUGGUUUCUGCUAUACCCUCUCCAAAUGCCAGUAAGCCUUGGCGCAGUAAAUCCAUGAAUGUUAAACAUAGUGCCACUACUACCAUGCUGACUGUAAAGCAGCCGAGCCCUGCAACCUCGCCUACACCCUCCCCUGAUAGACUAAAGCCCCCAUUGUCUGAAGGAAUUAAAACUGCUUCUUCUGGGCAAAAAUCAAUGCUUGAAAAAUUUAAGUUAGUUAAUACUAGAGGUGGCAUGAGAUCGAAUGAGGUCAUCAUAGAGGAUGACUCCUUAUCAGAAUGUGGAGAAAAUGAAGUCAGUUCUGCCUUGAAUAGCCCUAAAGUGUCACCCAAAUUGGCCCUUUCAAAGGCUGGAAGCAAAAAUCUCAGCAAUAAAAAGGGGUUGCCUCAGCCAAAGGAUAAGGAAGAGAAGAGCAAAGAUAAAAAUAAAUCUAACGUAGAGAAAACUGGAAAGGAAGAAAAGGAACAGACAUCAGAAGGGUCAAAAAAGAGCUCUAAGAUUGCAAGCUUGAUCCCCAAAGGAAACAAACCAGCUCCAGUCAAAAAGGAGAGCUUGAUUCCUCAGUCUAGUGGCAUCCCUAAACCUGGGUCAAAAACGCCAGCAACAAAACAAACCACACCUCCAGGUACUGUCGCCACAAAAGAGCCUGAAAAAACUAGGACUACCAAAGGCAGUCAGACCAUGUCAAUACAUAAAUCUUCAACCAGUGAAAAAGUAGCUACGCCCACUGAAGGGAAGGUCUCUGGUUCUUCCAAUACCCACCUAGUGACAACUGGCUCAUCUGGUGCUUGUGUCCAGUUCACAGGAAAUGGGGCUGUGCAACUUCCUCAGCAACAGUACUCACACCCUAAUACUGCAACUGUGGCACCAUUCAUUUACAGAACACACUCAGAUGAGACCAGUACCUUACUACCUGCUGAUUCAUGCACAAGCCCAACUAAAAGUGAGUCAUUAUAUAGUAAGACAGCCAAACAGUGCCUGGAGGAAAUUUCUGGUGAAGAUCCAGAAGCACGGAGGAUGAGAACUGUGAAGAAUAUAGCAGAUCUUAGGCAAAAUCUAGAAGAAACCAUGUCCAGUUUACGUGGGACUCAAAUAAGCCACAGCACACUUGAAACAACCUUUGAUAGCACAGUGACAACUGAAGUAAGUGGAAGAAGUUUGCCAAGUUUGACGAAUCGAUCUUCUACAGUGACGUGGAGACUCGGACAGGCUAGCCCAAGGCUUCAAGCGGGUGAUGCUCCCUCUUUUGUUAGUGCUUAUCCUAGAAGUAAUACUGGGCGCUUCAUCCACACUGACCCAUCGCGCUUUAUGUACACUACGCCCCUUCGGCGUGCUGCUGUUUCCCGGCUUGGAAACCUAUCACAAGUUGAAAUCUGUGAGAAGGGAAGCCAUGAUCUUGACAUGUCUUCAGAUGUGGAUGUAGGAGGCUAUAUGAGUGACGGGGACAUUCUGGGAAAGAGUCUGAGAUCUGAUGAUAUCAACAGCGGGUAUUUAACGGAUGGUGGACUGAACUUAUACACCAGAAGUCUUAAUAGGAUACCUGAUCUCACGGCAUCUCGUGAUGUCAUUCAUAGAGGGGUGCAUGAUGUUGCUGUUGAUGCAGACAGCUGGGAUGACAGCAGUUCUGCUAGCAGUGGCCUUAGUGACACCCUUGAUAACCUCAGCACUGAUGACCUGAAUACAUCCUCUGUUGGGUCCUAUUCCAAUGUGGUUUCUCCUAGGAAAACUAAUCACACACCGCUAAGGACAGAAUCUGAGAAGUCUUGGUGCAAUGAUGAGCUGAAGAAACAAGAUGAUGAAUAUGACAUCAGUAUAGAGAGUGGUAAAUGGAAAGGACUUUCAUCUGGACUGUCAGAAGACUCUGAAAAGGGAGGACAAAAGUCUUUAUCUGUCUCUCAGACUGGGUCAUGGAGACGAGGAAUGACUGCCCAGAUAGGAACUACAUCAUCCAGGCACAAAUCUGGAAGCAGCUCCCUAAAAACAGGAAAAACAGAUGAUGUAAAAGCCUCUGAAAAAGUCAAAGCACCACUCAAAGGAGGCCCAUUGCAGCGCUCCCCCUCAGAUGCCGGAAAAAGCAGUGGGGAUGAAGGUAAAAAGCCACCUUCUGGAAUUGCACGACCAACAGCUACUGGUUCAUUUGGCUUUAAGAAGGCUGGAGUUAGUUCACCAACCAUAACGGGAAGUGGGGCUACAAUUACUAGUGGAUCAGCUACACUUGGGAAAAUGCCCAAGUCAUCAGGAAUUGGAGGAAAAGGUGCUGGUCGGAAGACAAGUCUUGAUGGAUCACAAAACCAAGAUGAUGGAGUAUUGUUAUCCAACUCCAAAACCACUCUGCAGUAUCGCAGUUUACCACGUCCUUCCAAGUCCAGUACUAGUGGGAUUCCAGGAAGGGGAGGACACAGGUCAAGUACAAGUAGCAUUGACUCCAAUGUCAGCAGCAAAUCAGCCGGUGCAGGAGGAACUAAACUAAGAGAACCGUCAAAGAUCUCGGAGCGCUCCAGCCCUGUCAAUAUCAAUCAAACAGACAAGGACAAGGAAAAAGUGUCAGACUCAGAAAGUGUCUCUUUAUCAAGUUCUCCUAAAUCAAGUCCGACAUCCGCCUGCGGUUCUCAAGGUCUGAGGCAGCCAGGAUCAAAAUAUCCCGAUAUUGCUUCUCCAACAUUCCGAAGAUUAUUUGGUACUAAAGCAGGAAAUAAACCCUCUUCCCCUGUCAGUGGUGAUGGUGUAAAGUCUGCUUCAGUCAUGUCCAGCCCCAGCAGCACAUCCUUAGCUCGACAAGGCAGCCUGGAUUCUCCAUCAUCUGGUACAGGUAGCAUGGGAAGUGCUGGCGGACAGAGUGGAAGCAGCAGCCCCUUGUUCAGCAAACCUAAUGAAUUAACCCCUGAUGUUAUAAGCCUAGGACAUUCCUUGGCCUCAAGCCCGGCUUCUGUUCAUUCCUUUACAUCUGGGGGCCAAGUAUGGACAACAAAUCUGAGCAGUUCGUCUGCUGGUAGUAAAGAUACUCCUAGUUACCAGUCUAUGACAAGCCUUCAUACCAGCUCAGAGUCCAUAGAUUUACCGCUCAGUCAUCAUGGAUCACUAUCUGGACUGACGAAUUGUACACAAGAACUGCAAAGCAUGCUUAUGCGGACUGGCAGCGUGCGCUCAACACUCUCAGAAAGGGGUUAUCUUUAUCUUAACAGUUUGCAACUUGACCGAAACACCCUGCCCAAAAAGGGACUGAGAUAUACUCCAUCAUCACGACAGACCAGUCAGGAGGAGGGUAAAGAGUGGUUGCGUUCUCAUUCCACUGGUGGGCUCCAAGACACUGGCAGCCAAUCCCCACUUGUCUCUCCAUCAGGCAUGUCCUCCUCUACUGGAGGGAAAUAUCACUAUUCCAAUUUGGUAAGCCCAACCAACCUCUCUCAGUUCACUAUUCCUGGACCAAACAUGAUGCGAUCAAAUAGCAUUCCAGCACAAGAUGCUUCCUUUGAACUAUAUGAAGACUCCCAGUUAGGAGGAAGUGCUACCUCAUUGGAAGACAGACCAAGAGCCAUCAGUCACUCAGGUUCCUUCCGGGACAGCAUGGAAGAAGUACAUGGAUCGUCAUUAUCGCUGGUUUCUAGCACAUCGUCUCUUUAUUCCACUGCUGAAGAGAAGGCACACUCUGAGCAGAUACAAAAAUUGCGUAGGGAACUGAUAGCAUCACAAGAAAAAGUAGCUACAUUGACAUCUCAGCUAUCUGCUAAUUCUCAUUUAGUGGCAGCUUUUGAGAAGAGCUUAGCAAAUAUGACUGGCCGACUGCAAAGCCUUACAAUGACAGCUGAACAAAAGGAGUCAGAGCUUACUGAGCUUCGAGAGACAAUAGAGUUUCUGAAGACUCAGAAUGCAGCAGCACAAGCGGCUAUACAGGGAGCACUGAAUGGAUCAGAUCACCAUAGUAGAGCUGACAUGCGUAUUAGAAGGCAGCACUCUUCUGAGAGUGUCUCCAGCAUCAAUAGUGCCACAAGUCAUUCCAGCAUUGGUAGUGGCAAUGAUGUUGACUCCAAAAAACAGAAGAAGAAGAAAAAUUGGGUGAACUUCAAUACAAGUGAGUUGAGAAGUUCCUUCAAGCAAGCCUUUGGUAAGAAAAAGUCCAACAAACCACCAUCUUCCCAUUCAGAUAUUGAAGAACUCACAGACUCAUCAGUACCAUCUUCUCCAAAGUUGCAACAUAAUGCUGGAGAUGGAAGUUCUUCUUCAAUGAAACAGUCGCCGACCAACUCCGAGAUCUGUGAAUGUACUGAAGCAGAAGCUGAGAUUAUUCUACAGCUCAAAGGUGAACUUCGGGAAAAAGAACUAAAAUUAACAGACAUACGCCUUGAAGCCCUCAGUUCUGCCCAUCACCUUGACCAAAUAAGAGAAGCAAUGAACCGUAUGCAGAACGAAAUAGAAAUACUGAAAGCUGAGAAUGACAGGUUAAAAUCGGAGACAACCACCCCAGGGAAAGCAGUGCAGCCAUCCUCUGAAUCAUCCAGUUGUGCAUCAUCUUCCUCUUCACGGCAGUCUCUAGGUCUUUCAUUAAAUAAUCUGAAUAUUACAGAAACCAUAGCAACAGAUAUUUUAUUGGAUGAUACUAAAGAUGCUCGAGAGAGAACAUGCCACAAAGAAGGGAGAAGUGUCAAAAUUAUCGUAUCUAUAAAUAGAGGAUUUGGACGGACCAAGGAUGCAAAAAGUCAUCAGUAUUUAAUAGGAUCUAUCGGUGUCAGUGGGAAGACCAAAUGGGAUGUACUAGAUGCAGUUAUAAGACGUCUCUUUAAGGAGUAUGUAUACCGCGUGGAUCCAUGUUCCAAUUUAGGCCUAACCUCAGAUGCCAUCAGUGGUUAUAGCAUUGGGGAUGUAGUUAGAUCAAAUAACACAGAAGUGCCUGAAAUGUUACCUUGUGGUUAUCUGGUUGGUGAUAAUAAAGUCAUCACUGUGAACCUAAAGGGUGUUGAAGAAAACAGCUUGGACAGUUUUGUGUUUGAUACCCUUAUUCCAAAACCAAUUACUCAGCGUUACUUUAAUUUAUUGAUGGAACAUCGCAGAAUUAUAUUAUCUGGACCCAGCGGAACAGGAAAGACACAUCUGGCUAACAAACUUGCAGAAUAUGUUGUAAAUAAAAGUGGCAGAAAGAAAAUUGAGGAAGCAGUUGCAACCUUUAAUGUGGAUCACAAAUCAAGUAAAGAGUUGCGGCAGUAUCUAGCCAACCUUGCAGAUCAGUGCAAUGCCGAUAAUGAUACUGACCCCCCACUUGUGAUAAUCCUGGAUAAUCUUCAUCAUAUAGGAUCUCUAAGUGAUAUCUUCAAUGGAUUCCUAAACUGUAAAUACAGCAAAUGCCCAUACAUUAUUGGAACAAUGAAUCAAAGUAUUUUGUCAUCACCAAAUUUAGAAUUACACCACAAUUUCAGGUGGGUGCUGUGUGCCAAUCACAUGGAUCCAGUUAAAGGGUUUCUUGGAAGAUACUUGAGAAGGAAGCUUAUUGAAAUGGAAAUAGAAAAAAGUUUGAGAAACAAUGAUCUCAUUAAGAUAAUCGAAUGGAUUCCCAAGGCAUGGCACCACCUCAAUAACUUCCUGGAGAUGCACAGUUCCUCAGAUGUCACAAUAGGUCCUCGCCUUUUCCUUUCUUGCCCAAUGGAUGUGGAUGGUUCCAGAAUAUGGUAUACAGACCUUUGGAACUAUUCUGUCAUACCAUAUCUUCUAGAAGCAGUGAGAGAAGGACUUCAGAUGUAUGGUAAGCGAGCCCCUUGGGAAGACCCAUCAAAGUGGAUAACAGACACAUUUCCCUGGAAUUCGGCUUCAUCUCAGCAUGAGCGUCAAGCCCUACUACAGUUACGGCCAGAAGAUGUAGGGUAUGAUGGCUAUAUCACUGCCAAAGAAGGAACAACCUCCAAAAAUGUGCCAGAGAGUGACAAAGAUGGUGAUCCAUUAAUAAGUAUGCUAAUGCGUCUUCAAGAAGCAGCCAAUUUCUCAAGUGGACAAAGCUGUGACAGCGAUGGUGCAAGCCACCACAAUGAAAGUUUAGAUCCUUCUGUUGAAUCAACCCUUUAAGAAGUCACCUCUAAAUGGUAUAUUGUUAUUGAAAAUGGUUUGGUCCAAUAGAUCACUGCCAAGGCAGAAGCAGCACAAUGCAACCCCCAUACCAGGAUAAUGUGCUGGUGGGCAGGUGACUUGGCUCUGAAAUUACAGGAGCUGAAGAAAUUGAAGUGGAUAGAUUAAAUUUGCUUCAUUUUAAGGUAUUUAAAUAUGAAUGGAGCGAUGGGAAUCUCCAUUAGUCAACUGGAAAAGGCCCAAGAUAAAGGGCAAACAAGCAGAUUGCACAUUUGUUAGCCAAACUGGAAUGGUUUAGUUUCUUUUUGAAAGGUUUACAGCACAGAUGUUUGUGUAUAAUGUGUGUUCUUGUUUUUUGACAUUAAUGUAUCACUUGUGCAUUGUUUUUAAUCCACUUCAAACCUCUGAUGUAAGACAUUGUGCCGGUCACAUGACUACAUUAAUGAGAUUGUUGUGUACUGCCUCCGAACUAGAUGAUGCUCCUCGGAAAAGCACAAAAUGUAUUUGUGCAACUAGAAGAAAAUCUACUGUGAUAUACUGGAUAAGUGCCAAUUGUAGAUCUGAACUGCCAUGCUCACAAUUCUAAAUUCCCCAGCGUUGAGUCACUUGCUUCAAAUUGUCCUCAUCGCAACUGCAGUGUUUUUGUAACCACCUGCUGCCCGCUAUAAAAGAUUUUAUACAAAUUACUAAGGCUUCCCCUGGAGAUGCUUUUAUGUGAGCAUUGUGAGUGAAGAAAGAAGGACAGGAAAAAAGAAUAAAAAGUCAUAUGGUGCUGUCUCAUUGCCUUAAAAUGUAUCUCAAUAGUCUUACAGUCAGAGUUCAGAAUCCACUGAUGUCUCCUACAGUGUUUCCUCUUGCCAUUAACUCUGAAAUAUUAUUUAGUGCAGAGCCCAAGCAUGUCUUUUAGAAAUGAGAACCAGUAAUAACUGUAUAUUCUGAUGUUGUCUUAAUCUCAGAAAUACAGGUGAACAAAAGCACAUGUCUACCAUGGAAAAUGUGGAACAGGUGGUUUUAAAACCUUCAAAUAGAGUUCUAGUUUUUUUUUUUUUUUUUUUUGUUUACUUGUAAAAGAGACAUUUUGAAUGAAGUCCCAGCAGAGCUGGGAGCACUUGAUAAAGCAUGAGCACAAAUGGAUUUUUUUUCCCCCCGUCUCUCAUAGUUCUAAGCAUGUUUGAGUUAAUCCUGUUUAAAGUUUUGGGUUCUUGAUGUCAAGUAAGACUGAGACGGAGUAGAAUUUUUAAUAAAAUUGGGUUGGUUUUGCACAGUGUUUUGGGUGGGUGAUGUAUAUAGAUAUCAUGACAAUAACAAUGCCUUGCACCAUGCAAACAAAACAAGUUUGUACUCUUCUUUGUUGUUGUGUGUUUCACCAAUUGAUACUUAUGUUGUAAACAAAUCCAUAAUGCAACCGUUCAGGAUGUUUUUUUUUUGUUUGUUUCCGGUGUGCUUGUCCUGUACUUAUGGUGAUUAUACCUAUGCAGGAGAAAAAAUGCAACAUCAGCAUGUGUGACAAACCUAUUAUGGAACCAAUGUAUUAAAAAGAAGUAAAAGACUCAACUAAGAUUGCAUGAAAACAGAUUAGUGACACAAUUGGAAAUGCCAUGAGUCAAUACAAUAAAAGGCCUAAUUAUAUAAGGGCUAUGACAUUGUGUAGAAAACAUACAACAGAAGCUACAUUCACCACUGAUAACUGGUGCUACUUACUACUUGUGGCCACCAUUUUGGUCAUUUACUGUAACUCUUAUUAAACAACAAAGCUAUACAGCUCUGUUUUAAGGCAAGCCUUCCCUACACGGUGCUAUUGGCCAAUUGUACAAUCUUAAUUAUAUGGUGCAUGUGGAAACUCCGCAUUAAAUCUGCCUAAUAUAUAGAAAGACAAGAUAUACAUCAACUGGCUCCAGAUAUCUUGUCUCUUGACUAGAAGGAAAAUGUUUUUUUGAGCCCUCGUCAUGCACACCAGGCUUAACCAUUCAUAGAACUUCCUGCAAUACAUCUCAUUGAGUACAUGUAGUUUACAACAAAGAAGAAAAAAUGUUUGUGAAACAUUUGUCUGUAUACAUUUUAUAUUUUGUACAUUUUUGAUGUAACAUAUCAUGUAAAUAGACAGAAGCAGUGAAAUAAUUCAUCUGAAAAGUUUUGUAGUCUUUGUAAAGCCCUUACAAUACGUUUUGGUGUAAUCAGAAUCAAUUGAAUGAUGUAUUUUCUAUAAGUUGAUUGUUCUCCUAGCUUGUAAACCAGCUUGCAUCUAUUUUUUUGCAGAUGUGCGCAGUGUAACUGUCUAAAUUAUUACUUUGCCAUUAAAGUGGAA